UUAACCUGAUUAGGCUCAGGUGCAUUUUGCUGAGGCUAGGGCUGUCUGCAGUAAUCAUGUAGUCAAGGAGCUGAGCUUAACUCCUGGUGAAGAGAAGGAUCCAGCUUGGCUGGUGAGUGAGCUGUAAUGCUGAGUAGUCUGUGUCUGUAGAAGUUUGGCUAGAAAACCCAUAUGCAAAGAAGAGCAGUCACCUAAUGCAGAGGAGCCUACCAAAUGGCUGGUGGAAUACAGGAAGAAACGGAUCAUGAGAAGUAUGAAAAGUCUCCCCCGGGGGCAGUUCAGGAAGCCGUGGAGGUAGCUUUAGAUGCUGGAUAUCAGCACGUCGACUGUGCUUAUUUUUACCAGAACGAGACCGAGAUCGGAGCAGCCUUUCAAAAGAAGCUCGGGGAAGGGAGGCUGAAGAGAGAUGAGCUCUAUGUGGUGAGCAAGCUGUGGAACAGCUUCCACGCCCCGCAGGAUGUGAAGCCGGCUUUCCUGAAAAGCCUGAUGAUGCUGAACCUGGAUUACCUGGAUCUCUAUCUCAUGCAUUCUCCAAUGGGCUUUCCGAAUAUCAGCGGGGAACUCAUGCCUCAAAAGGACGGGUUGCUUCUGCAGUCGGAUGUGGACACCUGGAGGGCGAUGGAGAAGCUGGUGGACGAAGGCCUGGUGAAAUCGGUGGGGGUUUCCAACUUCAACAUCUCCCAGCUGGAGAGGCUGCUGUCCGUGUGCAGGAUCAAGCCUGCCGCCAACCAGGUGGAGCUGCACCCCUACCUGACCCAGCCCAAGCUGGUGGAGUACUGCAAGUCUAAGGGGAUUGUCCUCAUUGCAUACAGUCCCUUCGGCUGCCCUGCCCUGCCUUGCCCUUCGGGGGAGAACAGCCCUGUGCCUCUCCUGGAGAAUCCCACAGUGAAUGAGAUCGCUCAGAAGCAUGGAAAAACCAGCGCUCAGGUUCUCAUCCGCUUCCACAUUCAGAGGGGCAUCGCCAACAUCCCGAAAAGCAUCACCCCGGCCCGCAUAGUGGAGAACGCAGAGGUAUACGACUUUCACCUGACACACAAAGAAAUCCCGACGCUGGAAGGACUAGACUACAACACGCGAUUUAUUAAAUAGAACCUGCUGGGGAUGGAGAGACACAAACACUUCCCAUUCGGUGACAAGUAACUAUUGUGGCCUAAAGAAAUGGCAAGUCAAUCCUGGAAGGUCCAGUUCCCAAUCAACUGCAUGUUUUGGCAAGUUUUUGAAAUGAUCCAUAUCAGCCUCUCAAAAUCCUUAUGAAAACAUACUAGGCAAGGUAAACUAAAAUCUACUUGCCUACCUGUACGCUAGGGCUAAAACUAAUUACGUUUUAUUUCCCAUUUUAAAUGAUGUGAGAAUGGAGGAGAAGAAUUUUACAAGGGUGAUUUUAAAUAUUUGCUCAGCAAAGGGUAAGGGGGGAAUCUUGAUAAGCUAUUUGUUCUCUGGAGACAGUUUCUAGAUAUGGGGGUAAACGAUUAGACCCUUCUGUAAUGUUCCCCUGAUUUUCUUUCAGUAGCACAAUAAAAACCAGCUUCCCAAUGACAGCAUUUAGCAUUCCCAGGGCUCCGGUUCAUGUGUUCAUUUUUCAGGGGACAUUCACCAUGCACUGAACAUACUGGGAUUUUGUUAAAUAGCAAACUGUACCAACGCGCCUUUAACUUGAUGCAACAUGGGAUUUGUAGUCUCCUGUUGAAAACCUUCAGCAAUGUAAAUGCUUCAGCUAUAGUCUGCACUGCCGUGAGUAGUAUACUACAUGAUAGCAUUCAUCACUGUGCAUUUUUGACAGGUUUCCACACCCCAUUUAGGGCUUAUGUCCUACCCUCCCACCCCGUUUCCGUUGGUGCCAAAGUUUGGCGCUGUCAGCCAUUUUGAAAAAAAUUGCGUGUGUGUGUGUGUGUUUGACUAAGGGAAGUGGUGUGUAUCCAAGCACAAACACACAUUGAGAGAAAAAGGUUGAAAGAAGAGAGUGAGAGAGUUUAAAGAUGAAAAAAGAAAGUUUGAGUAAGGUUUAGAGGGAAAAAAAGGAAAGAGAGGUUAUUGGAUGUGAUUGAGUAAGGAGAGAGGAUGGUAAAGACCUUGUUUGGUAGGUUAUUUAAGAAUAGAAAGAUAGAACUUAAAGAAAAAAGGAAUUUUUUGUUUUUAAAGGGUUAGUUUAAGAAAGGAAUUUACUUAAGGCGGAACCUGUUUGGGAAGCACAUGGUAAAAAAGUGAAUAAAAAUGCAUUUAAACUAUUCAAUACCAGUGUAGGUUAAGAAAAAAGAGAGGCUAAAAGAAAGAACAGGACAAAAAAGGAGAUAGAUAGGAUAUGGUGGAAUCAGAAUGAGAGAGAAUAAGAAAGAAAGAAGCAAGCAGAGUCUGUUUAGUAAGCACAUGGUAAAAAAGUGAAUAGAAAAGCAUUCAGUAUCAGAGUAGGUUAAGAAAAAAAGAGAGGUUAAAAGAAAGAACAGGGCAAGAAAAGGGAAAAGAGAGCCCCUUUGCAAAGGGCAAAAAUAGACAGAACAUGGUUGAAUCAGAAAGAGAGAGAGAAAAUGAGAGAGAGAGAGAAAAUUUUUAUCUUUCAAGUCUUUCUGUAGAAUGAGGCAACUUCCCUGGUUCAGACCCUCUCAGACUUGUUAUCACCGCCUUUGGAUCGGCCCAAUCAGAGUUUGUUCUACAACAGCAUCAUAGAAUUCAUUUUCCUGAACCAAUCCUAGAGUCCCAAGAUUUUAAACAAGAGCCAUCUCCCUCCUCUUUUCCCUCCCCUCCUCUCCCCCUCCCUUUUAACUGUUUUAUUCUUAUCUAAAGAAACAGACCCCCAGCAUUUCCCCUGCCAUGUAGCCCUUUUACAGAGGGGUUUUUAUAAAAGUUAAAACCAUAAGCUUUUAGUAAUAAAUUUUAAAAGUUUUCCCCUAGGUUUUAAACUAACGGGUUAUUUUUUUCUUUAUUUUAGUAAAAACAAUGUGAAGCCGCAGCAAAGUGCCUGUUAGCAAAGCAGCCUCUGUGAGUCAGUGGAUCAGAGAUAAGAAGGCUGCUUCUUCCCCAAACUUUUUAACAAACAAGUAAAAGUUACAUUACGUUUUGCAAAGGUAUAAUUACUUGAAAAGACAAACCUAAGACACAUCCCUUUUCUAUGUGGUGUUGUAAUAAAAAAAGGAGCAGGCAGAAGCACUCCAGGUUUAAAACCUCAAGUUUUUAGUAACAGACAGUUUAUAUACCACUUAUUUUGUAAACAAGUGGAUCAGACAGAAGAAGUUUGUUUCUUUUCCC